AUGUUGGAGUCAGGUGUAUGUGCCGUGUCCUCCCUCCUGUCCCUGGCCUGGGUGCUGGCCGGGGGGCGGCUGCCAGACAAGCUCCUCCGAGACUCCCGGGACGACCAGAAGAGCAUGAGCUACCGCGGUGCCCUGGUGCACCUCUUCUGGCGCCUCUUCACCAUCUCCUCGCGGGUGCUCUCCUUCGCCCUGUUCGCCUCAGUGUUCCACAUCUACUUUGGGAUCUUCGUCGUGGUCCACUGGUGCGCUAUGGCCUUCUGGGUGGUGCACGGCGGCACCCACUUCUGCAUGUCCAAGUGGGAGGAGGUGCUGUUCAACAUGGUGGUGGCCGUGGUCUACGUCUUCUGCUGGUUCAACGUGCGCGAGGGACGGACGCGGCUCCGCAUGGUGGCCUACUACACGCUGGUGCUGCUGGAGAACGCCGUGCUCAGCACCCUGUGGUACGCGUACCGCGACCCCACCACCACUGACGCCUACGCCUCCUCCGCCCUCUGUGGCGUCUUCCUGUGCUUCGCCUCGGGCGUGGCCUGCAUGGUCCUCUACUACGGGGUGCUGCACCCCAUGGGCCCACGGCUGAGGGUGCUGGCCAGCUCCUGCUGCGCCGAGCUGCUGUGGGGGCUGCCCUUGCCCCCCGAGGCCGAGCCCAUGGCGCCCACCCCCCGGCCGCGCCACGGGUCCCAGGCCACGCCCACACGGGGCCUGGCGGGGGAGUACUCCGAGUCGGACGAGUCGGCCGCCGACACCUGUCUGCCGGUGUUCCAGGUGAGGUCCACGGAGCCAGUGGACGCGGCCGGCCGGCCCAUCCAGCUGGAGGGGCCCCUCAUCAAGAUAGACAUGCCCAGGAAGAGGUACCCGGCCUGGGAUGCGCACUUUGUGGAUCGCCGCCUGCGCAGGACCAUAAAUGUGCUGCAGUACAUAAGCCCCAAUGCGGUGGGCAUCAGGUAUAGGGACGGCCCAUUACUGUAUGAACUCCUGCAGUACGAGUCGUCUCUCUGA